GAAGUGCUGACUCGGCAGCGAAGGCCAGGCCGGGUGGCAGCCGGUGCCCAGCAGCGCCAUGGCAGCCAGACACGGGCUGGGCAGGGCCUGGGCCGGCUGCAGCCUGCAGGGCCGGAGGCUGGCUCACGCCGGGGCCGGGGGCCAGCUGCAGCGGGAGUACGACGCUGUGGUGAUAGGGGGAGGUCACAACGGGCUGGUUGCAGCUGCCUACCUGCAGAAGUCGGGCGUGCGGACAGCCGUGCUGGAGCGGCGUCACCUGCUGGGAGGUGCCGCCGUCACAGAGGAGAUUAUCCCAGGCUUUAAGUUCUCCAGAGCGUCCUACCUGCUCAGCCUGCUGCGGCCACAGAUCUCCACAGAGCUGGAGCUGCAGAGGCAUGGUCUGAGGGUGUACGCCCGCGACCCCUACUCCUUCACCCCCAUGCUGGAGGAUGGACAAGCCCAGCGCUCGCUCCUGCUGGGCCACGACAUGGCGGAGACCCAGCGGCAGAUCGCUCAGUUCUCCUCCAAGGACGCACAGGCCUAUCCAAAGUACGAGGCGUUCCUGAGCCGCUUGGUGUCGGCCCUUGACCCGCUGCUGGACGCCGCACCGGUGGACCCCGCCGCCUGGAGCCAGGGCCCCCUGCGUCAGCGGCUCCGCGCCCUGCGAGGCCUGCAGCCCCUGCUGCGGGCGGGCCUGGCGCUGGGGAAGCAGCUGCCGCAGUAUUACCAAGUGCUCACGGCUCCAAUCACCAGGAUCUUGGAUCUCUGGUUCGAGUCGGAGCCCUUGAAAGCGACCCUGGCUACGGAUGCAGUGAUCGGCGCCAUGACCAGUCCCUACACGCCCGGCAGCGGGUAUGUGCUGCUGCACCAUGUGAUGGGCGAGCUGGAGGGGCGGAAGGGGGCCUGGGGCUACGUGGCAGGCGGCAUGGGAGGGGUGUCCCAGGCCAUCGCUGGCGCAGCUGCUGCCCACGGGGCAGACAUCUUCACCGAGAAGCCGGUCGCCCGCGUGCUGCUGGGCCCCCGCGGGGAGGCGCAGGGGGUCGUCCUGCAGGAUGGGACCGAGGUGAAGAGCAAACUGGUUCUGUCCAACGCGUCUGCUCAGCUCACGUUCCUGAAGCUUGUUCCCCCGGAGCAGCUGCCGGAGGAGUUCCUCCAGCACAUGGCGCAGCUCGACACGCGCUCCCCCGUCACCAAGAUCAACGUGGCUGUAGAUCGGCUGCCCAGCUUCCUGGCUGCGCCCAACGCCGGUGCUGGCCGCCCGCUGCCCCAUCACCAGUGCUCCAUCCACCUGAACUGCGAGGACACAGACCUCCUCCACCGCGCCUUCCAGGAGGCCAGCAGUGGGGAGCCUUCCACCAGGCCCAUGAUCGAGCUGUGCAUCCCCUCGGCUCUGGACCCCACGCUGGCCCCCCCGGGCUGCCAUGUGGUUUCUCUCUUCACGCAGUACACCCCAUACGCGCUGGCCGGCGGGCGGCCGUGGGACGAGCAGGAGCAGAACGCGUACGCCGACAGGGAAUAUAUUCCACAGCGCAAUGUCCCUGGACCAGCUGUAUUUUGCCCGACCGGUGCCCUCGUACUCUGGCUACAGGUCCCCGAUCCCAGGCCUGUACCUCUGCGGCAGUGGCGCCCACCCCGGUGGGGGAGUGAUGGGGGCUCCGGGCCGCAAUGCAGCCAGCGUGGCCCUGGAGGACUUCAAACACAUGUGAUGGCAGAGGCGACACACCGGCCUAGCCCAGGGAAAGGGAUGGUGGCUGCUGUGACCUGGCCACGCAUGUGCCUCCCACCGUCCCCCACCACUCACUUCCCAAACACCCCACAGCAUGGUGCUGUGAGAGCACUCCCCCACUCCCCGCACUCUGUUUACCCCAUCGCUCUUACCCGGCUCUGGCAUGGUAAUCGGGGCAUGGGGGGCUGGCAGAGCCCUGUCUGCUCCUAUCCCGUCCUGUCCCCCAGCCCAGCCACGUGCCCCAAGCAUGGCCACUCUGCGUCCCUGGGGAGAUGCAACUCCAGGCUGCUGUGGAGGGGCCACAGAGCCCAGAGGACCGAGCCCUGCAGGUCCCAGAGCUGCCUGGAGAGGGACACUGGCCAACCCUUUCUAAUGUAGACAAGACCCGGGGCAGGCUUAGCCCUCGCCUGCUCUCCUAGAACCCCAGGCACAGGGCCGGCCAGGGUCACUCAGCCUUGCCCUGAGCUAAGCUGAAGUCUGGACCAUGUUCCACAACCCCUAAGUCAGCGGCAGAAUAAAAAUCUCAACAGCU